AUGAAGGCGUGGCAGCUACGUUGCAGUGUCCUUCGGCCUCGCUGGCCACGACCGCCGGCAUUGCUACGGUCGCAAAAGCCAUUCUUGGCCCGAUCCAGCUCAUCGAGCUCAAGACAACGCUCCUCGGACAGAUCUGGCAGCUUGCCUCUGGUGGCUACCGCCGUAGCUUCUGCUGCCAUCACCCUGCUAGCAUCUAGAGCCUGGGAUGAAGCGCCCUCGCCGGUGGAAGCUGCCAAGACGCAGCCGGGGGCAAGAUACGCCGACCGCCCGACAAUGCUAAAGGCAGUCGAGGAGCUGAAGCCCCUGCUUGGGGAGGAGAAUAUUAGUGUGGACGCUGAAGAUAUCGAGAAUCAUGGCUACUCGGAUUGGUCGACCUCCAACACCUCGGAACGCCCGGUCGCAGUCGUGAUUCCCGCCACGACCGACGAAGUCUCGCACAUCGCUCGCGUCUGCACGAAGUACAGAGUCCCUAUGAUCCCGUUCGGCGCAGGAUCCAGUGUCGAGGGGAAUUUCUCCGCCCCGUACUCGGGCAUUUGCAUCGACUUGUCCCGCAUGAGUCAGGUGGUUGCGGUGUACGAGCAGGACAUGAACGUCACGGUUCAGGCCGGGGUCCGAUGGGUGGACCUGAACGAGCAACUGAAACCCACGGGUUUGUUCCUGCCCAUGGAUCCCAGCCCUACAGCCUACGUUGGGGGCAUGAUUGCGACCAACUGCAGUGGAACCAACGCGAUGCGAUACGGCACCAUGAAGGACUGGGUGAUUAACCUUACAGUCGUGCUUGCGGAUGGGUCGGUGAUCAAGACCAAACGACGUCCGCGCAAGUCGUCCGCAGGGUACAAUCUGAAUGCCCUCUUCACGGGAUCCGAGGGCACCCUCGGCAUCAUCACCGAAGCCACGCUCAAGCUGGCCGUGGUUCCGCAGGAGACCAGUGUGGGGAUCGCGACAUUCCCGACCGUGGGCGAUGCGACGGCGGCGGCAUCUAAGCUGAUUCGGGCCGCGAUUCCCUUGGCAGCGCUGGAGUUCAUGGACGAUGUCCAGAUGAAGAUCAUCAAUCAGAAUGGCGGUGCUGGCGGGAGGUACUGGGCUGAAGCGCCGACCUUGUUCUUAAAGUUAACCGGUACUACGUCUGAAAUCAGUGAGAGUAUCGAUCGCACUCGACGGAUUCUUACCAAGAACAAAGGGGACGAGUUGGUUUUUGCAUCGACUCCAGAAGAAGGUGACAAUCUCUGGUCCGCAAGAAAGCAGGCCCUCUGGGCGAUCUUAGCGGCGAGGCCACAAGGCACAGAGAUCUGGUCCACCGAUGUGGCCGUCCCAAUCUCACGUCUGGCCGAGAUUGUGGAGAUGUCCAAGGAGGAAUCCAGCAGUCUUGGCCUUUUCUCCACGGUAUUGGGACACGUUGGGGAUGGAAAUUUUCACCAGGCGGUCAUGUACAAUCCCAAGAGCACUGAGCAGUAUCGGGCUGUCAAAGCAUGCGUUUCAAGGAUGAUGCGACGGGCGCUCGAGAUGGAAGGCACGGUCUCUGGUGAACAUGGCAUUGGAAUUGGCAAAAAGGACUAUCUCACAGAGGAACUAGGGGAGUCCACGGUGGAUUUCAUGAGGACAUUGAAGCGAAGCGUGGAUCCUCACUGGCUCAUGAAUCCCGGCAAAGUGUUUGAUGAGAAUUGA